AGGGGGUGGUCCUCGAUCCAAAUCUGCGCCCUAAGCUGGGUCCCCACGGGAGGUCUCACCAACUCAGACUUCACAUGCGGUCACUGAGGGUCAUUGUGGGACCCACUGAACACAGGGGGUCCCUUGUCUGGGAGUAGGGUGAAGAGCCUUCUGCCCUUGGGCAGUUGGGUAGGGGACUUUGAGCCCUGCUGCUCUGGGACCUGGGCAGUGGGGACCUGGUCAGCGGGGUCCUCAUCGAGAACAUGGUCAGUGGGGGCCUGGUGAGCAGAGACUCGGACACUGGGGCUUAGUGAAAAUAUGAUCAGUGGGGAAAUAAUCAUGGGGCCUGCUCAGUAGGGCCUGGCUAGCAGAGGCCUGGCUAGCUGGCCACUGGACGACCUCAGACACGGGGUUUGUCCUUGGAGCCUCUUUGCCUCUAUUCAUAGUGGGGAUGAGUCACAGCAUCCCUGAGCACUCGCCAGGUGCAAGUUCUGUGCUGACCUUGUAGAUGGCCUUUUCGCUCAUCCCCACAGCAACUCCAUGGGGUGGAUCCUGUCCCCAGAUGUAGCCAUUCCACAGGUAAGAUGUCUAUACAGUCAGACAGGUGAUGACUGGCCCAGAGACCCAGAUGUGACCCUGGGACAUGCUCUCAGCCCUGCCCUGUGCAGUACUAGACUCAAGCCCUGGCCUUUGCAGCCUCCCUGCCUUAGAUCCCAAAUUUCCCUGGGGUUCUGGACCAUGAUGGGGUGGAGGGGGUGAUUCUCAGUCCAAGUCUGUGCCCUAAGCUGGGUCCCCACAGGAGGAGGUCUCACCAACUCAGACUUGAGGUGCACUCACUGAAGGUUGCUGUGGGACCCACUGGACACAUGGGGUCCUUCGUCUGGGAGUGGGGUGGGGAGCCCUCUGCCCUCGGGCAGUUGUGGAAAAUGAAGGAGCUCUAGAUGGCUGCCUGGAGGGUGAUGAUCGUCCCUCUUGGUCAAAGGGGCUUGGGGACUGGAACCUUCUCUAUCUGAUCCUCUAGAGGUCUUGUCUUCCCUUUGUCCCAAGUAUUCCCAAGGAGGAUGGUCCCCCUGGGUGUUCUCCAGGACCAAGGCCCCAGAGUUCUCUUGUUUUUUCCUUGGUGAUCCAGGAAAACGAAGCCCCCUCCUGUAUUGACAGCUGGGAAUUGUGGAGUCCACCGUCCUCCACCUGAGACGGGGUUUCCAUGAGCACAGAGGCUGCUUUGGAUUCAAUAGGUCAUUUUUCCCCCAAACCAAAUGCCGUCCUGCUUAGCUGGUGUUGUUCCUGAAGCGGCUGCACCAGCCAGAGUGCAGAGAAUUGGAGCAGAACGGAGCAGUCACCAGCGUGGGGUGGGUGACUGUCUUGCUUCCUACAGAAAACUGGGCAUCUUCAUGGUCCUAGAAGGAUCCCAGGAGGCUGAUCCUAUAGAGACAUCUGGUUCCUGACCCCAACUGCCUCCAGGUGUCUGGAACAGCCCAUCGUGGGCCCUUUACCCUCAGCAGGUGGAUGCCGUUUGUCGGGCUGGGAGAAUAAAACCUUUGGCGGCUGCCCUUCCUCACUGCAUUGUGGUUGGGUCUUUGAUGAACCGAGACAUGCCCUCCUGCUUAGCUGGUGUUGUUCCUGAAGGAACUCCCUCUAUGAAGGAACACACAAGUGUGUGUCUGUCUUAGGACAUUUGGGAACAAUGGGCCUCUCUGUCCAGGUCCCCCUGUGUUCAAGUCCUCAGGAAGGAGCCCACUCCUGGUCCAGAGCAGGGACUCUAGAGACUAGGGCAUGGGUGGGAACACUGGGUUUAGCCCUUUGUCUCGGGGAGCAAUGGUGGAAUGGGGCUUACCUGUCUGGCCAGCAUUUGGGGGCCUGGUGGGAGCCGUUCGGGUGUUCUCUGGAGCUCUCAAGUACAGCAGAGCCUUUGGAUGACUUUGUCUCGCAGGAUGGAGAUGGAUGAGGACCCGGAUAUCCUGCCCACCCAGGGGCAGGGCAACAUCAUCAUUACUAAGUAUGAGCAGGUACAGGUCGGGCCACUCCCUUGAGGAAGGUGGGGCCUCACCUCCCCCACAGGUCAGAGCCUGGUCAGAGGGUCCUGGGCUCCCCAGGAUCACAGGGUGAAGACAGACUGUCCAUGCCCUCAGGACCCCAAGCCCCUCACCUUGCCCCUAUCUCCCUGGCCCUUGCUGGGUCACAGAGAUGCUGAGCUGGGGCAGCAGUGGACACAGAACAUGAGCGUGUCAACAUCUGGAAAUUCACCAGUCGCCUCUGGGUUGUGUGGUGAGUCCUCUGUCCCCCCACCCACCAGUCUCACUUCAGGGACGGGUUUUGUUUUUAGAAAGGUCUCUCUGGGGUAGGGCAGGUUUCCCUGGCUCAGGCCAAUCUCCUCUCCAGGGUCAGAACUCCUCUCUGCCUCUCCUGCAAGUCCAGCCUGUGGUCAGGGUUAGGGCAGAGCCUCAAGGCCCAUCUAGGGAGCUCGGGAGAGCGGGUGGGACAGAGAGGGGGCUGGGUCAGCCCCGGGGCUCUCAGCACUGAGGUCUCCUCAUCAGCAGGAGAGGAGGGGACAGCCUAAGGGUCUGGCCCUGUCCCCUUGGUGCCUGCCCUGGUGAGAUCUGAGGGUGGUGGCCACAGGGUAAGGGGACACCUGGCCAGGCCUGUGGGCAGUUGUGUAGCAGGUCUCCAAGGGCUCAGGGGGCCCACUGGGGCAUCCUAUAGGGAGGGGCACGGGGACUGCAAGGGCUGUGACCCUGGGAGGCUGGGGGAGAAGGGUAGGGCCUGUCCUGGGCAUCUCACAGUGAGGCCAGGGGGGCAACAGAGCCUGUAGCUGAAGACCCCGGGAGUGGUGCUGGGAAGGGACCUGGGCCUGGUAAGGGGAGCCCAGCCUGGAGCCGGCCCCUCAGGCCUCACAGGAUGGAGAGAGGGAGGAGCCUGGAGUUGUGGGGGGUGGGUGUCGGCGAGCCUGUGAGACCUGCCACUUCCGGGAUGCACCUGAACCAAGCUGGCCCAGGGUGGAGCUGACAGUCUGGGGAGGAAAACAGAUGGGGUGGUCAGGGAACAGCGGCUCACCUGGGACCCCUCAGUGGGGUUGACUCAGUCCCCAAGCUCUGCGUGGCCCUCCAGAGACUCUCCCUGCUGGCUCAGUCAGCACCUCGGAGGGUGGAUGGGAGGCUGAGUUGGGGCAGGCAGGACAGUAGGGGGAGGACAGCCAGGCAUCCCAUGUCCUGGUUUUUGCAGUGGCUGGGAGAGGCUGAGGGCUGAAGGCUGACUGCCCUGAGAGCCAGCUGAGGCUAUAGGCAGGGUGGUGGGGCCAGCCCCACUGCCUGAAGGGCCCUUGGUCACCCUUGUCACCCCACGGUUCUCCCCAGCAGUGCUGAGCAGCCCAGUGAGAGACCUGGGGGUCUCAUACCUAGGUUCUGACAGGAAGAGGGUCCUGGAAGGGCCAGGGUGGCUGGAGAGAGGGUCACAGUCUCCGUGGUGGGCAGGAUGGGGGAAGAUGGGGAACAGGCAGGGUCUGCAGCCAGGAUGCAGGGAGAGGCAGGUGAAUGCUGGGAGGUCACACCCUGCAAAGCCUAUGGGGAGUGUCAGGUGUGAUGGGUCCCAGGUGCGUCCUCAGGGCACUAGGCAGCUCUCAGGCCAGGCUCCCUGGACUCUGGUGGGUGAUGUGGUCACUCACGAGGCACUGCUGUCAGGGCUCAGCCACCCACCCAGGGUGGCACCCAUCUUGUCUCAGGACUGGACUUUCUCAGCUCCCACAGAGGGUGUCACCUCCAGCCCAGGAGAAGCAGCCCCACUGUGCAGCCCGAGGCACUCCACGGGCCCCAAGUGGCCCCCUCCAGGCCAGCCUCGAGCUCCCUCUUCUCCAAGGUCCUGGUGCCUCAUGGGCAUCAGCUCCACAUGGAGGCCCUUGCCUUUCUUCCCUGUGCCUUCUCCCGGGCUGAGAUUUAGGGUGGAUGGCGGGGGGGCUGGGGCCCUCUCAUGGAUGAGGAUGGCUCCUGGCCCAGGCAGGUCCUCAGCUCUGUCUGGGUUGCCUUACAGUGAGACAGAGCUGCCCACGUCAGUGCCCUGGAGAUGAAGGUAAGAGCCUGUGCCUGCUGCGUGGGAGACUGGUCAAGGCACAGGGAAUCGGGUAGUAGGUGAGACAGAGGGGGUGGCCUGCGGACCCAGGCGGUGGUAAGUGGGCCAGGGCUGUCCCUGGGAGGGGCGGCCUUUCCUGAUGGACUCUGUUCCCAUGAGCGUUUGACCAAAACCCAAAUCAAGAACCACAGUCUUGGCUCAGAGGUCACUGCCUGUUUGCACCAAGUCCCCAGCUAAAGGGCGGGGCCUGACCAAAACUCGGGGUGUCUGUGGCCUGAGGAUGGUGUGUCCUGGUAUCACCAGUCCAGACCACCAGCUCCAGUUCAGAGGGUCUCAGCCCCUGGGGUCUGCUCUUUCCUGACUCCUUCAGGGCCCCAAAGCCCAGGACCCAGCAUCCAUGGGCCGCUGCCGGAGGCCUGGCAGCUCCACUAACUCCAUCAUGGCUCAUUUGACAGCAAAGAUGUCAGGAAAUAAAAUGUACUGACAAGUGGCUGAAGAUGCUUGGAGACUGGCCAAAAUAGAACAGCAACAAGGUAACAUAGCGGCUGGGCCUGGUGGCUCAGGCCUGUAACCCCAGCACUUUGGGAGGCUGAGGUGGGUGGAUCACCUGAGGUCAGGAGUUCGAGACCAUCCUGGCCAAUAUGGUGAAACCCGUCUCUACUAAACAUGCAAAAAUUAGCUGGGCACAGUGGUGGGUGCCUGUAAUCCCAGCUACUCAGGAGGCUGAGGCACGAGAAUUGCUUGAACCCAGGCAGUGGAGGUUACAGUGAGCCAAGAUCGCGCCACUGCACUCCAGCCUGGGCGACAAGAGCGAGACUUCAUCUCAAAAGAAAAAGAAGGUAACGUGAGGAGGGAGUGGCCUCUGUGACUGCUCUCUGCAGAGUCAGGAGACAGGGGCCCAUGGCCAUGACCUGGCACCAUCUGCCUCUCAGCAGAUGGGUGGCACUCUAUCCCCACCACAGGACAGCAGGCCUGUUUACUGGCUUUCCUCCCCAAGUCACUACACAUCCUGUCUCACUGGAGUGUUCUUCUGUCUGUAGCUGUCUCGAAGCAUGUACAAAGGCAUUCCCCUGGUAUGAGGCCGGGCGUGAUCACUCCUGCUAGACAUUGAAAAAGUCAAGUCCCAGAACCCAGGAAAUACAAGGUCAUGAAGGAAAAGGGCAAGAGGUCCUCCAGAGUCAUCCACCGCAUCAAGGAGCAGGUGCUGCACAAGUCCUUCCUGAAGAUCGUGAGACAGCUGGGCAAGGAAAGGCUGUGCAUUGAAGGUUCCAUGCUGACUAGGCUCCUCCGGUGUUUCCUUGAUGGGAAAUCCUCUGGGCUCACCCUGCAACUGUGGGAUGUGCUCAUCUUGGAGGGCAAGCAGGUACUGAUAGCCAUGGCGCAUGCAUCGUUCAAAAUACACAGGGAUGAAGGUCAGGAGUGUGGUGAGCACUUCCCUGCCCGGCCUCCACCAGCUGUGGCCUCCUGUGCACAGCUCGACCCCAGGGUGGCCAAAAAGGACCCAGCACCACCCAGUGGGAGAGCGCCUCAUGAAGCUUUCCUGGAGUACCGCCUGGGAGUUUCAGGAGUGACUCUCUCAGAGCUGGGCCCUGGAGGACAACACGGUCCUCAGGAACCUUCAAACCUCUAUGAAGGAACUCACAAAAAAACACCAGGGCCUGCCACCGCCAGGAGAACUCAAGCGAGAGUCCUCAAGGGUGUCUCCUGGCAUUGGGCCCCUCUGUGAGGGGGAUAGAUUGGCCCUGCCCAGCCCACCAUCUCAGCUCCUUCCUGGGACAAAAGCCUUGUCCUCCCCCAGCCUGGCCUGACAGGGUUGUCUCCAUGGCCGAGGCCAAGACCCUGCAGCACAAAGGGGCUUCCCCAGAACCCAGGGCAGCAGGCUGCUCUCUGGGUGGCCCAGAGGAUCAAGAUGUGGCCAGCCUGUUUCCCGGUGAGGUCAGGCCUCGUAUUACAUAAAAAUACCUGUGCUGGGACUCUAUGCCACACCUCCACACAGACCUGGAUGCUGGGAUCCAUGGUUUCCCUACUACAAUUUUUUUUUUUUUUUGAGACGGAGUCUUGCUCUGUUGCCCAGGCUGGAGUGCAGUGGCACGAUCUUGGCUCACUGCAAGCUCCGCCUCCCAGGUUCACGCCAUUCUCCUACCUCAGCCUCGCUAGUAGCUGGGACUACAGGUGCCCACCACCACGCCUGGCUAAUUUUUUGUAUUUUUAGUAGAGAUGGGGUUUCACCGUGUUAGCCAGGAUGGUCUUGAUCUCCUGACCUCAUGAUCCGCCCGCCUCGGCCUCCCAAAGUGCUUACAGGCAUGAGCCACCGCGCCCGGCCUCCCUACUACAAUUUUGAACAGGGCUACUGGGCCCCUGUCACUUCAACAUCUUACCUGGACAGCCCUGCAACCACAGGAUGGCCCUGGCCUAGCAAGCCCACUGGGACCCUGACACCAAGCCCUGCCCAGGCUUAUGACAGAGGAGGCAGGUCAGGAGACACCCCAGCAACAAGGCGGCACCUGCCUGCGAUGCCCCUCAGUAGAAGAAUGUGGCAUGGAAGGAGCCCAGGUGGCACCCACCCAGCUUCCUUGCAGCCCCAGAUGGCUGCUGGACCUUGGUUCUGGGCCUUGGAAAAUCCCAUUCAGGGGGGCUUGGUCCCAUCAAGGCCUCUGGAGGGAAGGCUAAGCAUAGGGUUCCCGCGGCCCCAGCCAGCCAGCCAGCAGCGUGCCCUGGGGCCUCUGACCCCACCUGUGAGUCCCAGACCCAGAGGUUCCUGGCUUCAACUCGAGUCCUAGGAGGAGAGGGGCACCAGAGGCACCAUGGGCUCCCAAGGUGACCACACAGGGGACCAGGGCACUGGGAGCCCUGAUGCUGUAAGGAUUCACAUCAGAGAACCUGAGCAAGAUGGGAGCCCAUGCAGUAAUGAGGAUAUGGAGGGCUGGCUCAACGGGGCCAACAGCUGUGAACACUGCUGCCUCUUCCCAGCCUCAUCGCUGCAGUGCAGGCAGUCUGAUCUCUGGAGCCCAGCCCAAAAGUGUCCCGAGUGCCCUGGCUUCAUAUGCCAAUAUGCCACCCGGAGGCUUCGAGGCCCUGCCUGCUGCACACCCGCCUCACCAUUGCUGAGCACCCCAUCUGAUGAUGAGAGACUUGCUGUGGAUUCCUGGGCCAGCACCAUUUCCCAGGAGGAGCGGCGGGCUGCCUGUGGGCAGGCCGCUCACACUGUGGAGGGGACUGAGAUCAGCCUUCACUGUAGGAAGCCCCUACCUGGACACAGACUUGCCGGCUCUACCUAUCGCCAUCAUGGCAGCCUACACGGCAUUACUUGUGACCAGGGCGCCCCAUCCAGGUCGGUCUGCCCUGGCUGCUGUUUUCCCUCCUGCCACCCUCUCUUUGACUGCUUGUGUCAAUAAAAGGAGAACUGGCCAGUUUUCAGAAUAAA